UUCUCGCCCGGGACGAGACUACUAUACGUAGAAAGACAGAGGGAGAGGACAGGACAGAGCACGGGAGGAUCUGAAAGAGUCUGGUGGAUUACCCUUUUCUGGAGGAGCCCUUGUGCAAAAGGGACAAUAAGAGGGACACGCUGCUGUUUGCGCACCCUCCUCUGUUUGCGCAUCUCUGGUUGGUGCGUGAGAGUGUACAGCGGACUCUUUUACGUGGAUCUAAGUGGCUGUAGUGAAGCCAUGAGGCUGGCACUGCCAGCUGCCUGGCUCCUCAGGGCUGCAUUGCUCCUGGUAGCGCUCUGGGAUGUGCAAACGCAGACGGAGACAGAGACCGUCCGCAAUAAUAAACCCACCUACAUUUGGCAAACAGGUCCUUGGGGAAGGUGUAUGGGCAGCGAAUGCGGUCCAGGUGGGAGCCAGAGCCGAGCAGUAUGGUGCGCUCACUCUGAGGGCUGGACCACCCUCCGGACCAACUGCCCACAGAGCGAGCAACCUGAUAACCAGCAGACCUGCUUUCGAGUCUGUGAGUUGCACAAAGAGCUUUACGACUGGCAGCUGGGUGCGUGGAACCAGUGUGUACCAGUGUCACUGCGUAACACCGCUGUGACACGGCCAGCUGUGUGCACACGUGGUGAAGAAGGGCUCCAAACACGAGAGGUGGCCUGCAUCCAAAAGAGCAAUAGUGAGCCUGCAGAGGAUACCAUCUGCGAAUACUUUGAGCCUAAACCACGGCUCGAGCAGGCCUGCCUCAUACCGUGCCCACAGGAUUGCGUUGUUUCAGAGUUUCUUUCCUGGACUUCAUGCUCCAAGACGUGUGGGGUUGGUUUGCAGAGCCGAGUUCGAUCUGUCCUUUCUCCACCUCUCUUUGGUGGUUCAGCUUGCCCCAAUCUAACCGAGUUCCAAACCUGUCAAGAAGAGUCAUGUGAGGAUGAGGAGAGCAUGUACAGCCUUAGGGUGGGAUUCUGGGGGGAUUGCACCAUGCCCCCUUCACGCCAAGCCAGACAUGUAGAUGAAGACCAACCUGAAGAGACAGAGAAAUCCAAACGUCCGGACAGACCCAGACGUAAAGACCGACCAAAUCGUCCAGACAAACCGGAUCGUCCAGAUCGUCCCAAACGUAAGGACAGACCUAAUCGUCCAGACAGACCCAAUCGUCCAGACAAACCAAACCGUCCUGACAGACCAAAUCGUCCAGACAGACCAAAUCGUAAGGAAAGAAAAAGUCAUAAGAACAAACUAAAUAAUCCAGAACUAACUGAGCAAGAGCGACAAACAAGGCAGGAGAGGCAAGCCAAGCGGCGUAAAAACAAGGAGCUGAAGGAAGCUAGAGGAGAACGAGUGAGAGAAAGAACCCGGCUGAAGGAUCCAGAAACUCGAGAACUUAUUAAGAAGAAGAGGACGAGGAACCGGCUCAACCGACAGGGUGGAAAAUUCUGGGAUCUGCAAGUGGGCUACCAAACUAGAGAGGUGAUGUGUGUGCACAAGAAUGGAACCACAGCAGUUAUGGGCUUGUGUGAGGAACAAGCCCUUCCACUGACGUACCAGGCCUGCGUCAUCACCAAGGACUGCGAGGUGACCGAGUGGUCCGAAUGGUCAUCCUGCUCCAAAGAAUGCUAUGAUCUAAAUGGGCCGAAGGGUCAGCGCACACGUGUACGGCAUGUUAAGCAGUUCAACGUGGCCGGAGGAGCCGAGUGUCCCAAUCUCGACGAGUCUGAGCCGUGUUCACCUCAGGGAGACUCAGUUCCACCAUGUGUAGCUUAUGUGUGGAAGACUACAGAGUGGAGCGAAUGCAGGGUGGACAUGCUGCUCAGCCAGCAGGAUCGCAGGAGAGGAAAUCAGACAGGAUUAUGUGGAGGAGGAAUCCAGAGCCGUGAAGUGUACUGCAUUCAAGCUCCAUCAGACUCGCCGUCCAGUCUUAGCUCCCUCAAGAGCAAAGAAGUGUUCCGGCCAGUGGACAGUGACCUGUGUUCAGGAGUUCCACCCAACACCAGUCAGCUUUGUCACAUCCCAUGUCCAGUGGAGUGUGAGGUCUCUUCGUGGAGUGCCUGGGGACCCUGCACCUUUGAAAACUGUCAGGACCACAGCUCCAAAAAAGGUUUUAAACUGAGGAAGAGGAAGGUAAUAAAUGAACCCACUGGUGGAACGGGCAGCUGCCCUCACUUGACAGAGGCCAUACCCUGUGAAGAACCCAGCUGCUACGAAUGGCUGCUGUUGAAGCUGGAGGAAUGCAUUCCUGACAAUGACAAACAGUGUGGACCUGGAACACAGAACCCUCAAGUGCAGUGUGUCAACAGUGAUGGUGAGUUUGUGGACCGGCAGCUCUGUCGUGAUGCGAUCCUGCCCAUGCCUUCUCUGUGUGAAGUGCCAUGCCCCAAUGACUGUGUCCUGAGCCCCUGGACAUCCUGGUCUCUCUGCUCGCAUACCUGCUCAGGAAAAAACACGGAGGGAAAACAGACAAGAGCGCGCUCUAUUCUGGCGUACGCUGGAGAGGGUGGGAUUCCAUGCCCCAACAGCAGCGCUCUGCAGGAGGUACGGAGCUGCAACGAGCACCCCUGCACCGUGUACCACUGGCAGACGGGCACCUGGGGCCAGUGCAUCGAGGAUACGUCUGUGCCCGCUGCCAACAGUUCCAUCACGCGUGGUGGAGCUGGCGCCUCUGGCAUCGAGGCCUCCUGCUCGGUGGGAAUGCAGACCCGCAAGGUCAUCUGUGUCCGUGUCAACGUGGGCCAAGUACCUCCCAAAAAGUGUCCAGAGAGUCUGCGUCCAGAGACGGUGAGGCCGUGUCUCCUGCCAUGUAAAAGAGACUGUUUGGUUACUCCAUACAGCGACUGGAGACCUUGCCCUUCAACCUGCCAAGCAGGUAAAGCCACUAAAACAAAACAGUCAAGGAAACGUAUAAUCAUUCAGCUUCCUGCAAAUGGGGGUCAGGACUGCCCAGAGGUGCUUUACCAGGAGAAAGACUGUGAAGUGCCUUCUGUCUGUACUGGAUACAGGUGGAAAACACAUAAGUGGAGGAGGUGUCAGUUGGUACCAUGGUCCAUUCGGCAGGACAGUCCAGGAGCUCAAGAGAUGUGUGGACCAGGACUGCAGGCGAGAGCCAUAUCCUGUAAGAAGCAGGACGGUGGACCAGCAGACAUCGCUAAUUGUUUAAAACAAGCCGGGCCCAUGCCCCCUCUUACCCAGACCUGUCAGCUUCCAUGCCAAGAUGAUUGCCAACUGACCAGCUGGUCUAAAUUCUCAUCCUGUGCAGCUGAUUGCGCUGGGGUCCGGAUUCGAAGAAGGGUGCUUGUGGGUAAGAGUAAGAAACGAGACCACUGUAAAAACACUCAGAUCUACCCUCUAACCGAGACCCAGUACUGCCCCUGCAAUAAGUACAACGCCCAGCCCGUGGGCAACUGGUCUGACUGCAUCCUGCCUGAGGGAGGCCGAGUUGAGGGCAUCUUGGGCAUGAAAGUUCAGGGGGAUAUCAAGGAGUGUGGUCAGGGCUACCGCUACCAGGCUAUGGUGUGCUAUGACCAGGAUAACCGCCUCGUUGAAACGUCUCGUUGCAACAGUCAUGGUUAUAUUGAAGAAGCCUGUAUUAUCCCAUGUCCAUCUGACUGUAAACUCAGCGAAUGGUCAAACUGGUCUCGCUGCAGCAAGUCGUGUGGAAGUGGGGUGAAAGUGCGCUCGAAAUGGCUCAGGGAGAAGCCCUAUAAUGGAGGGAGACCAUGUCCCAAACUAGACCAUGUUAAUCAGGCUCAGGUCUACGAGGUUGUACCAUGUCAGAGUGACUGUGGGCAGUAUGUUUGGGUAGCCGAACCUUGGAGCGUUUGGAAAGUUAGCAAUGUGGACCUGAAGGAGAACUGUGGGGAGGGCGUGCAGACCAGGAAAGUUAGGUGCAUGCAGAAUACAAUAGAUGGACCUUCAGACCCAGUGGAGGACUACCUUUGUGACCCAGAAGAGAUGCCUCUAGGAGCCAGAGAGAGCAAGUUGCCCUGUCCAGAGGACUGCGUCCUGUCUGAUUGGAGCGCCUGGAGUAGAUGCACACUUCCAUGCAGUGUGAGUAACAGCCGAGAAAGGACUGCCAUUCCUAUCCGACAGCCUGGCGAAUCCAAGCAGUGCCCUUCUACAACCGAAAAAGAGCCCUGCACUCUCAACACCAACUGCUUUCACUACUCCUACAAUAUCACAGACUGGAGUACAUGCCAGCUGAGUGAACGAGCUGUAUGUGGAAGUGGAUUUAAAACACGCAUGCUGGACUGUGUGCGCAGUGAUGGAAAAUCCGUCGACCUCAAAUUCUGUGAAGAGCUUGAUCUGGAGAGGAAGUGGCAGAUGAAUGCAUCUUGUGUGGUUGAGUGUCCCAUAAACUGUCAGAUGUCUGACUGGUCUUCCUGGUCUGAGUGCUCCCAUACAUGUGGCCUUUCAGGGAAGCUGUGGAGGCAACGGACAGUGAUCCAGGCAUCUCAGGGUGAUGGACGUCCCUGUCUCUCUCAGCUGGAGCAGUGGAAGCCAUGUCCUGUUAAACCAUGCUACAGCUGGAGAUACAGUGUCUGGUCUCCAUGUAAAGUUGAGGGCGCUCGGUGUGGAGAGGGUCUGCGCUUCAGAAACGUGUCCUGCUUUGUUUCGGACAACUCUGGUAACAACGGGGGAAGCAUGGUGGACGAGGAACUGUGCGGAGAUCUGGAGCAGACUGUAGAUGGAGAUAAACAGAUCAUUCUGGAGGAAGCCUGCACUGUGCCAUGCCCAGGUGAAUGUUAUCUGACAGAGUGGACGGCAUGGAGUGCAUGUCAGCAGAGCUGUGUAGGUGGAGAGGAUCUCGGAUUCGGGUCAGUACAGGUCCGAUCUCGAGCUACACUCGCCGAAGAACCGGAGAACCUGGAACAGUGUCCAGAUCAGGAAUGGGAGAGCCGACCAUGCACAGAGGGCCACUGUUAUGGGUAUAAAUGGAUGACCGGACCUUGGAGUGGCUCUUCACGUCUGGUGUGGUGUCAACGUUCAGACGGGUUAAACGUCACAGGUGGAUGUCUGGCGACAACUGAACCCAUGUCCGACAGGUCAUGUGACCCCCCCUGCACCAAAUCUCGCUCAUACUGCACUGAGGCCGGCGUGUGUGGGUGCGAGGAGGGCUACACUGAGGUGAUGACAUCGGAUGGAGUGCUGGACCAGUGCACUCUGAUCCCAGUGCUGGAAAUUCCCACUGCAGGAGACAGCAGGGUUGAUGUGAAGACUAUCAUAGCCAUGAGCCCCACACAACCCAGUGACAGCUUCCCAGGGCGUUCCGGGCGAACCUGGUACCUUCAACCUUUCGCACCAGAUGGCACGUUGAAGACGUGGGUUUAUGGUGUGGCAGCAGGAGCUUUUGUACUGAUCGUGUUCAUCGUCUCCAUGACUUACUUAGCCUGCAAAAAGCCAAAGAAGCCCAAGAGAAGACAGAUGAACAACAGGCUGAAGCCUUUGACGCUGGCCUACGAUGGCGACGCUGACAUGUAGCCUUUUGCAAAACAAACGCCCAUUCCUCCACAGCUGCCUACUAGUGGACUUUACGGCUUUUUCUACAAUGUUUCGGAACCUCAAACUGAGCCCCUGUUUAUAAU